GCGUCUCGCCCCUGAAGUCUCUGGCAAUCGAUCGGCUCGCCCGAUCACCCGCCAUGUGUCCUAUCUUCGCCUCCUCGCCUCUGCUCCGUCCCCUUCUCCCUCGAUCUCUCAUUCUGAGGAAGCCGAAGACGACGGCUCUGACUCUCCGCCAUCUCCCUCUUCAUCUUGCUCCCUCCCUCUCUCCCCGUCACCUUCGCCAUCGCCAUGAGCUUUUUGGAGGAGAAAACCCUCAGCGAAGCAUCGCUUGCGCCCCGUGAUCGGUUGACGAUCCGGCAAGUCCAUCAUCCCCGCCUCAGUCCAGAUCUUCGGCGGCUUGCGCACUUCUUCUGCACGGAAGGCGUGUAUGCAGCGGCGGUGUUCAGAAUUGAAGGCCGUACUGACGCGGUGGUACUGGCCGAGGCGGUAGCAGUUCAUCAGCGGCCGGUGCCAGGUGUCAGUCGCAUAUCGGUCGUCAUCAACUUUAGUGGCGAUGUCUCCACACUUUCUCCUUUGCGACAUUCGGCGGUGAAGGCGUCGCUGCGCAUGUGGGCGAACGAUCUGGUCGUCGAGUGGACUCAGCUGCUGGCUCGCCCCAAGGAUACAAUCGCAACAUCACGAGCAAUCGAAGACGACGGCCUUCGGAUGUACCAGCGCGAUCCACCGGCAGAGCUCCCUAUCCUCGCUCGUCAGGAGCGACUCACCCUCCAUGUCGCUGCACUGCGUCGCCUUCUCGCCAUCCUCUCUGACCCUGAUCGCACCCUCCCGAUCAUCCCAGUACGACUCGAGACCUCCACUAGGGUGUACUCAGCGCUGUGGGAUUCCGGCUCUCAGGGUGACUUCAUUCACCCAUGCGUAGUGAAGGAAGCCCGCUUAUCCACGACAGGGUCUCCGACUCCUAUCUCCGUUACCCUAGGGGAUGACAAGACCCAACGCUUCUUCGAUCAGACGGUCACCGACCUCCCCUUCUUCCUCACUCUCGAGCCGACUCCCAUCUCCGUUACCCUAGAGGAUGACAAGACCCAACGCUCCUCUGCACAUUUCGAUGUGAUGGAGACGGGGUACGACUCCAUUCUCGGCACUCCGUGGUCUCGUCGGUUUCGCAGCACCGAGGCCGAUUGGGCGACCAACACUCUCGUUCUCAGAACGAAGUGUGGACAGACGUAUCGCGUACCUUUAAUAGGUAACACGGCGAUACCACGCCCCGAUCCUCCUCCCCCGGAGCCUUCAGUGCCCACACCAUCCCCCUCUAUCACUGUCACCUCGCCUCGGCAGUUCGCUCACUUCAUUCGACAGGACGACGUCACCUUCUUUAUGGUGAAUGUGACGGAUCUCUUACACUAUGAUCCACCCUGUCCCGACGCCGAGCUCAUCCCUCUGGAGCCAGAUCCUCCUUCUAUCUCCAUGGCUCUCAUCUCUACUCCCGUCCUUUCGCCGUCCGUCGAGCCCACUCCGUCGUCGCGCGCUGACACUGACGCUGAGGAACUCGCACGAUAUACGGCUGACCUGGAGCCCGCAGUUCGUGACCUCAUCCAAGAGUACCACGACGUUUUUCCAUCGUCGUUCUCGUACGUCGGCAUCCCACCGAUGCGUGACGUCGAGCACUCCAUUCACCUUGUGCCUGGUUAUCGUGUUCACCACCAGGCACCCUACAGACUCUCGAUUCCCGAGGCCACCGAACUCAAGCGUCAGCUUGAGGAGCUCCUGAGACUGGGUUUCAUUAAACCCAACAACUCCCCGUGGGGUGCACCCGUCCUCUUUGCUCGCAAAGCGGAUGGAACUCUUCGUCUCUGCAUCGACUACCGCGGUCUCAACCGCUACACGGUUAAGAACAGCUACCCCAUGCCUCGUUUCGAUGAGCUGUUCGACCGCCUAGCAGGCAACCGCUUCUUUACGAAGAUUGAUCUUCGUAGCGGUUACCAUCAGAUCCGCGUCGCUGCAGCCGACCAGCCGAAGACCGCGUUCCAAUCGCGCUUCGGCCACUACGAGUUCACGGUGAUGCCAUUCGGCCUCACCAACGCACCCGCCACCYUCMAGAGGGCGAUGAAYGACAUCUUCAGGGACAUCCUGGAGCAGUACGUUCUCGUUUACCUCGACGAUAUCUUGGUCUACAGUCGUACCCUUGAGGAGCACCUCAGACACCUCCGCGACGUCCUUGACCGCUUGCGCAAACAUGACUUCUACGCCAAGCUCAGCAAGUGCCGCUUUGCCCAGCACAAAGUGGACUUCUUAGGACAUUACGUCACUCAGCUCCGCUUCUCCUUGUCUUACCAUCCUCAAACUGAUGGUCAGACCGAGAUUACGAACAGGAGUCUCCGAGAUAUUCUCCGAAAGAUUGUUCGUGACGACCAGCAGUGGGAUCUCUAUCUUGCCCACUCGGAGAUAGUCUACAACCACGCCGUCUCGCCAGCCACGGGGAUGUCGCCUUACUAUUGCGACCUCGGCUAUCMCCCUCGUGUUCCCGCGGACUUCCUUCGACCAUCCCAGAUGCACCCCGACACGAGUUGUCCCGCGUUGGAUGAUUGGGUUGCACACAUGACGUCGAUCAUGAAGACCGCACAUGAGCACAUAGCCGCUUCUCAGACUCGCAUGGCAGCACGUGCGAACCGAUCGAGGAUGAAUCAUUCAUUCAAAGUCGGUGAUGAUGUGCUUAUCGACGCCCGCCACUUACAGCUCGAAGCGGACACGCUUCGCAAGUUUCGGCGUCGCUUCUUUGGCCCAUGCCGCAUCCUCCAGGCCAUCGGUUCUGAAAUGGCAUCUAGCCCGGUCAGCUUCCGUGUGAAGCUGCCUGACUACCUACGCCAAGCUCGUGUGCACGAUGUCUACCACGUCUCGUUACUGCGUCCUUACCGCAGAUCGUCUGAGUGUUUCAUCGGACGACCAUACGAGCGCCCUUCACCCAUCAUGGUGGACGGUCACGAGGAGUUCCUCGUUUCAGACAUCAUUGGUCGCCGAGUCACCGACGACAACCCUCCCCACGUCGAGUAUCUCGUACGUUGGAAGGGUUACCCUGAUGAGGAGGCUACCUGGGAGCCCCUCGAGCACUUGCAGCACGCUCGCAUGUUGGUGCGUGCCUAUGACCGUGCUCGUCGUGCUGGGUUCACUGCUCCUCCUCAGCCCACUGACCCUCCUCCUUCUCCUCCGGCAGAGGAGACCGCUGAAGUGGAGCCUGCUCCAUCUAAGGCAGACCUUCAGCAGCAGCCGGAUGCUUCUAAGCGUCCACAUGUUGUUGUCGUUGCUGCGAUCGUCACCACCAAUGUUAUUGUCGCUGCCAUCAGCGCUCAUAUUGUCCUUACUAAUUUGGUUGUUGUUGACGACGCCAACGAAAGCAACGUCACCAACAUAACGAUAAUCGCUGCUUUUGUCAUUGUUAUUGUUGUUGUUGCUGUUGUUGUUGCCGUUGUUGUUGUUGUUGUUGUUGUUGUUGUUGUUGUUGUUAUCAUUGUAACAGUUGUUGCUGUUGUAGUUGUUGUAGUUGUUGUGCCGGACAGCGCCACAGAUGAGAUCGACAGUGUCUUUGCUGUCAUUAAUGUUGUUGAGAAGAACGAAAGUGCACAUAAGCUCGCCAUUAUCGCUACUAUCGUCGUCGCCGUCAGCAAGGAGUUGAUGUCAUCCUCAUAGCAGCGUUCUUCCAGCUCAGCACAAAGAUCUUGCCCCUCCUCAAGAUCUGCGUAGUAGCUCCGCAUCAAGCUGCCCAAUC